UUUCUGUUUUCACGUACCUUCAGGGGGUUAGUCUGGCAUGUUUAAUACAUUUCCUGACUUCCAAGCUGCCACAAACACCUGGUUGUACUCUUACCUGCACUCAUAAAAUCACUAGAAUCUGAGAACGGGUGAACCCCGCCUUGUGCCCGAUGCUUCCUGGUUCCCCCGCAACCCUGAAGUAAGCGGUUGAAGAUGGAUGGAUGGAUGAUCAGGUUGAUGUCAAUGGCUACUCACGGGAUUCCAGAUGAGCUCUUAAGAAAUGAGGAGUUAAUAAAAGAACUGGAGGCAGUCGCUAAAGAUUCUGCACUGUUGCAUGGUGUAUUAAUGCGCACUAAAGAAUCACCAAACUCUUCAGAAGUGGUCAGUUAUGCACCAUUCACACUCUUCCCUUCCCCGGUGCCUUCAGUAAUCUUUCACCAGGCCCUUGAAAUCUCAACCCAUUUUAAUCGGCUGAUAGACAGAGUCAGUCAGAGUCCACGGUUCCUUGAAGAGGCUCUUGCAAGCACCAUCAAGGUCGACAGUUUCACAGCAAAACUCUUCAAUAUUUACAGACAAGUUCAGCAGGAUCCUCAGGACAUGGCAAUAGUGCUGGGCUUGAAUCGCUCAGAUUACAUGAUCAACCAUGUUGAUGGAAAAGAGGCCUUAAAACAGAUUGAAAUGAAUACUAUUGCGGCCAGUUUUGGGGGUCUUUCCUCACGCACACCAAAUGUUCAUCGGCACGUUCUGAAGGUUGCAGACCGGUUGGAGGAAAGCAAACUGAUCUUAGAUAACAAUCCAGCAGCAGGUCUGGCAAAAGGCUUGGCAAUGGCCUGGGAGCUUUAUGGAUCUGAGAGGGCAGUUGUGAUGUUCCUAGUUGAGGACAUCCAGAGGAAUAUUUAUGACCAUCGAUACGUGGAGAAUGAGCUUUGGGCAAGAAAUAUUCGUGUAAUAAGAAGGCAAUUUGAAGAUGUGAGUAGAAGUGGAUAUCUGGACCAAAACAAGAGACUGUUUGUAGAUGGACAAGAGAUUGCUGUUGUUUAUUUCCGCAAUGGAUACAUGCCUCAAAAUUACAAAUUGGAACAAAGCUGGGAGGCUCGCUUGAUGAUGGAGCGCUCAUGUGCUGUGAAAUGUCCAGACAUCAGCACCCACCUGGUUGGCACUAAGAAGGUCCAGCAGGAGUUGGCUCGGCCAGGCGUCCUUGAGAGCUUCUUUCCUGAUGAGCCUGAAACUGUGACUCAGAUUCGUGCCACUUUUGCUGGCUUGUACACGUUAGACAUGGGAGAGGAAGGCGACCAGAACGUGGCUAUGGCUUUGGCCAAACCAGACCAGUAUGUAUUGAAACCGCAGAGAGAAGGAGGAGGCAACAACAUUUAUGGGAAUGAGAUCUGCUGUGUGCUGGAGAGCUUGAACAGCACUGAGAGAAGCGCCUACAUCCUGAUGGACAAAAUCCAGCCACGACCCACAUAUAACUACCUUUGCCGAAAGGGGGAUCCAGUGAGACUGAAGAUGUGCCUCUGUGAACUGGGUGUUUUUGGAGCAUACGUUAGGAGAGGAACAGAGGUGUUGAUGAAUGAGUGUGUGGGCCACCUGCUCAGGACGAAGAACGCAGAACAUGCCGAUGGAGGCGUUGCUGCAGGUGUCGCAGCACUCGACAAUCCCCUACUGAUUUAAGUCUCAACAUUUCAGGAGCAGAACUGUACACUGAUAAACAUAUCCAGGUUUCAUUCCUAUAUAGCUAUAUACUAUUUUAUGUCCAUUCCUCUUUCAGCACUCAGCAGGAGAAAAUAUACUAGAUUCACUGAGGCCUAAGAUUAACACUUAUAACCCUUUGAAGCUGGUGCUCACUCUGGGAAGACAUUCUGAACCGAAAUACUGCCUGCCAUAAGUUUAUUUCUAUUCAACUAUUGUCUAAAAUUAUCCUACCACCACCCUGCACAUUUCAGUGUUUAGCCUAGCUCAUACUUAAUUAGCUUAUGAGUUGAAUCAAGUGAUUUGGUGCAGUGGAAAAAAAAGAUGUAAAAAAGAAAAGGAUGAUGUAAUUUAAUACAAAUACACAAAUGCGGGUCCUUCUGACCUUAUAUGAUUUAUAUGGAUGUCAUUUAAUCACAUUACGUUCAUAUUCAUAGAGCUGUGAAACAUAAGCUGCAUAUACACCCAUGCAAUCAUGUUUUAUGCUCUGCUCAUACCAGUGCUGUUCACAAAUUCAGACCCUUUACAAAAAUGUUUCCAAUAAGUACAGUGCCCUCCACUAAAUUGGCACCAAAUAUGAGCAAAGAAGGUUGUGAAAAAUUGUUUCUAUUGUUUAACCAUUUGAUCUUUUGUUAAACAAAUUCACAAAAAUACUCUGCUCUCAUGGAUAUCAAACAACUGCAAACACAACACAGGUUUAUAUAUAUAAAAAAAAAUUAAUGGUUAAAUAUAGGUGUGCAACAAUUAUUGACACCCUUUUAGGCCUGACAGACAGACACACUGACACUAAAAGUGAGGAGACAGACAGAAACACAAAUAAGCAGUCAGAUUGUGCAGGACAUGACCAACUUAAAAUGCAAAAAAUAAGCUCAUUAGUUUAUCUCCUGCCUGGCAAUAGUACACAAAUAUAGAUUCUGACAUACCUUCUGACAAGUUCAUAGGGAAAACCUAUUUGGAGAGAGAAAAUGUGUAGGAACAGAUUUCAAGUUCAUUCUCAUUUUAGAUUUGGAUUCAUUUUAACUAACGAUAGUAAAAACAACUGAAGUAAAAUACAGGUUCUGAUUAUUGUUAUGCUAAAACAAGUGAUAAAGGAUGUGCUUAAUGCAAUAUUGUAGAAAAACUGAUGGAAGAUUAAAGCUGCAUUCUGUGAGGUUUAAACACUACAUCCUAUUACAAUAAAAUCAGAGGCAUUUCCUUUGAAGGUUUUAUAUUGAUUGUUUAUUUCCCCCCAUGAACCCUACAAAAUGUUGAAUAUUUACCUUCUAUUUUCACUAGAUCUUCGGUUACAAACAGAUAUACAGUCUUAAACAGGCAUAUAAUACUAAAGAUUCCGAAUUUACCCUCUCAUUUGCAUCUUGCAUAUGCAAACUCUCUCACCUAGUGUUGGGUCUGAGUCCACCUUUGUCGAGUUCAAGUCGAGACCAAGUUUUUAAGCAAUUGUGUGUGCCGAGUCUUAGUUGAGUCCGGCCGAGUCUAGAAGGUAAUUGAACAAAGAUUUCAAAUUGCAAUUGUAAACUCAACAGUGAGCUGUUAAAUUUAUAUUUUAACCUUCACAAACCAAUGGCAAUAUAAAUGUAAUAAAAAAUACCACCAUUACAUCUUGCCAUUGCCAUUUAAUAUUUUUAUUUCAUGUUAUCAGCACCUCAACUAGUUUCCUAUCAAAAAAUGUUUUCAAAGAUAAAAAGGAAUAUAGAGGUAUAUGUAGAACUUUUAUUAUAUUACAAGUGUAUGAAAAUACAAAUUAACCUGUUUUGUUAUUGUAUCACACUGUAUGGUGUCCUCCAGUUUGAGUUGACAUUUCAAUUAUUUGAUGCUUCUCCCCCACAGUUAUAUAGGCUGAGAGAGAGAGAGUAGAGUUACAUUUAGCAGCAUGUCAUAACAACAAGCUUCAUGCUUUAUCACUGCUUUUAAUGUCUAUGAAUGUCAACAAACUCAUUACUGAACACAGCUCUGUUCUUAUAACUUUUUUCAUUUUAAUUCCUAAAAUAAAUUUUAAAAAUCCCUAACAGGGUUUAUGAUAUUUACUACAUUAAGAAGUACAUUUCACAUUUUACGUGAAAUUCAAGACUGGAAUUACCAAAUGCUAAUAUUUAGGGGCGGGUGAUAUGACUACAAUCUUAUUUCAUGAUAAUGAUAUGUUUUCUCAAGUAGGUCCAUCAGUAGUAUUCAAUUAAGAAAUACUAGGGAAAUUGAAUAAAGCAAUUAAAUGUCAUAUUAAAUAGACUUCAGUGUAUGACAUAUACAGUGAUUCUUAUUAAAUUUGCUGAAUUUAUUCAGUUAAAUGAG